CCGCGGCCGCAGCGCCUUCUCGUUAUAAGCCGCAGUGCCCGGAUGUGAAUGGAUUACAAUGUAUCUUUCAGGGAAACCUAUUAUUAUCAAUGUGACUCCUCGGGGGAGUCAAUGAUGGUGUUGAGGAGGAUGAUGAUGAUGAGACGCCUCUAAACUUGGGACAAGUUUAGGACUUUGAAAGAGAAGAAAAACAAUACAACCAACAAGACUGAAGAACAAUCAUAACUAUCCUGUGUUGAUUAUUUUUUUAUAAACGCUAAGAAAAAGUUGUUGGAUUUUUUUUUAAAUGGUUACUUUUUGGGGGGAAGGGAAUUUUGUUACAGUUUUGUGAUGGAAAAUGCAAAAACCAGAGCCAGGUGCAUAAUCUUGUAAACUGUGGCUAACCCUGGAACAGGACUGACUACUACUUAAAAUACUGUUUUAGGGGAUACACAUGUGAGAUACUAAGUACUUGCAGAAGAUUUUUGUCUCUCUCUUUUUCUUUUUUUUUUUUUAAAGUCUCUUUCCUUGGAAUAUUGUGAGCAUAUUUGUGGCCAUUGAAGGUUUGUGUGAUUUUGCUAAAAUGCAUCACCAACAGCGAAUGGCUGCCUUAGGGACGGACAAAGAGCUGAGUGAUUUACUGGAUUUCAGUGCGAUGUUUUCGCCUCCUGUAAGCAGUGGGAAAAAUGGACCAACUUCUUUGGCGAGUGGACAUUUUACUGGCUCAAAUGUAGAAGAUAGAAGUAGCUCAGGGUCCUGGGGGAAUGGAGGCCAUCCAAGCCCAUCCAGGAACUAUGGAGAUGGGACCCCCUAUGAUCACAUGACCAGCAGGGAUCUUGGGUCACAUGACAAUCUGUCUCCACCUUUUGUCAAUUCCAGAAUACAAAGUAAAACAGAAAGGGGCUCAUAUUCUUCUUAUGGGAGAGAAAACGUACAGGGUUGCCACCAGGAGAUGGAGAGAACAAAGAAGAAAUGGCAGAGUCUCCUUGGAGGGGACAUGGAUAUGGGCAAUCCAGGAACCCUUUCGCCCACCAAACCUGGCUCCCAGUACUAUCAGUAUUCUAGCAAUAACACCCGUCGGAGGUCUCUUCACUUUCGUGCCAUGGAGGUGCAGACAAAGAAAGUCCGAAAAGUUCCUCCAGGUUUGCCCUCUUCAGUCUAUGCUCCUUCAGCAAGUACUGCCGACUACAAUAGGGACUCGCCAGGCUACCCUUCCUCCAAACCAGCGGCCAGCACUUUCCCUAGCUCCUUCUUCAUGCAAGAUGGCCAUCACAGCAGUGACCCUUGGAGCUCCUCCAGUGGAAUGAAUCAGCCUGGCUAUGGAGGGAUGUUGGGCAAUUCCUCUCAUAUUCCACAGUCUAGCAGCUACUGUAGCCUGCAUCCACAUGAACGUUUGAGCUACCCAUCCCACUCCUCAGCAGACAUCAACUCCAGUCUCCCUCCGAUGUCCACGUUCCAUCGUAGUGGCACAAACCAUUACAGCACCUCUUCCUGCACACCUCCUGCCAACGGGACAGACAGUAUAAUGGCAAAUAGAGGAACUGGGGCAGCAGGCAGCUCCCAGACUGGAGACGCUCUGGGAAAAGCCCUGGCUUCGAUCUAUUCUCCAGAUCACACUAACAACAGCUUUUCGUCAAACCCUUCAACUCCUGUUGGCUCCCCUCCUUCACUCUCAGCAGGCACAGCUGUUUGGUCUAGAAAUGGAGGACAGGCCUCAUCAUCUCCUAAUUAUGAAGGACCCUUGCAUUCUUUGCAAAGCCGGAUUGAAGACCGUUUAGAGAGACUGGAUGAUGCAAUUCAUGUUCUCCGGAAUCAUGCGGUGGGCCCGUCCACAGCUGUGCCUGGUGGCCAUGGGGACAUGCAUGGAAUCAUUGGACCCUCUCAUAAUGGAGCAAUGGGUGGUCUGGGCUCAGGGUAUGGAACUGGCCUUCUUUCAGCCAACAGACAUUCACUCAUGGUUGGGGCCCACCGUGAAGAUGGCGUAGCUCUGAGAGGCAGCCAUUCCCUCCUGCCAAACCAGGUUCCGGUUCCACAGCUUCCUGUUCAGUCUGCAACUUCCCCUGACUUGAACCCACCCCAAGAUCCUUACAGAGGAAUGCCACCAGGUCUCCAGGGCCAGAGUGUGUCUUCUGGCAGCUCCGAGAUCAAAUCUGAUGAUGAGGGCGAUGAGAACCUGCAAGACACAAAAUCUUCUGAGGACAAGAAAUUAGAUGACGACAAGAAGGAUAUCAAAUCAAUUACUAGGUCAAGAUCUAGCAAUAACGAUGAUGAAGACCUGACCCCAGAGCAGAAGGCAGAACGUGAAAAGGAACGGAGGAUGGCCAACAAUGCCCGUGAGCGCCUGAGGGUCCGAGAUAUCAAUGAGGCUUUCAAGGAGCUGGGCCGCAUGGUGCAGCUCCACCUGAAGAGCGAUAAACCACAGACCAAGCUCCUGAUUCUCCACCAGGCCGUGGCUGUCAUCCUCAGCCUGGAGCAGCAAGUGCGAGAAAGGAAUCUGAACCCGAAAGCUGCCUGUCUGAAAAGAAGGGAGGAAGAGAAAGUAUCCUCAGAGCCUCCCCCUCUGUCCUUGGCUGGCCCACACCCUGGGAUGGGAGAUGCAGCGAAUCACAUGGGCCAGAUGUGAAAGGGUCCAAGUUGCCACCUUGCUUCAUUAAAACAAGAGACCACUUCCUUAACAGCUGUAUUGUCCUAAACCCACAUAAACACUGCUCCUUAACCCCCUUUUUGUAAUAUAAGACAAGUCUGAGUAGUUAUGAAUCGCAGACGCAAGAGGUUUCAGCAUUCCCAAUUAUCAAAAAGCAGAAAAACAAAAAGGAAAGAAAGAAAGAAAAAAUGUGCAACUUGAGGGACGACUUCUUUAACAUAUCAUUCUGAAUGUGCGAAGCGGUAUGUACAGGCUGAGACACAGCCCAGAGACUGAAUGGCAAUCCUUCCACACUGUGGAGCAAUGCAUUUGUGCCUAAACUUCUUUUGGAAAAAAAAAUAUAAUUAAUUUGUAAGUCUGAAAAAAAUAUUUAAUUUAAAAAAAAUUGUAAACUUGCAAUAAUGAAAAAGUGUACUUCUGAAAUAUAUAUAUAAAUAUAUAUAUAAAUAUAUAUUAAAAAUUUAGUGACUAUUGUAAUUUUUUGUUCAUUUGUUUCAGACUUUUUUCUCCUGUACAAAAAUAGUACUGAUUAACUUUUUUAAAAGAAAGAUUUUACUGUAAAUAUGGAUUUUUUUUUUGUCUGAUUUUUGUCCUUUCCCCCAGUUUGUUAUCGUAACCUGUAGUGCCAACUCUGCUACCGGAGGGGCAGUGCAGGAUGAAAGGCUGACCCUGUUGUUGCUUCUCAUUCAUAAAUAGUAGAAAGUUGUUUCUCCAGUCUUUUGGGAACACAGGACUUAAAAAAAAAAAUCACAUCAUGUGUAGAAAUUACAUGCAGCAUUGCCCAGGCAAGGCAAAAAGAGUUUGUCUGGCUUGUGCCCUUGCGACCCUCUCCUGGGAUUUUCAGAGGUACACGGUUAGAAUGCUACAAUGUUACCACUGUGCCUUCCAAUGUUUAUAUCAUCGGAAACAUAACAUAAUCAAAGUGGCUGUGAUUUAACAAAACGAUUCAAGUGUUACCUACCUGUGUAGCCGAAGUAGUGUGCAGUGAGGCGUUUCUGAAUACAUGGUCAGAUUUUUGGAAAAAAUACAAAAACUUAAAAAAAAAAAAGAGUCAAGUUCAAAAACCGUCAAAUGAGAAAAUUGCAAGUAGUGUGACCGAGCUGAUUGAUUUUCUUUUCUUUCUUUUCUUUCUUUUUUUUUCAAAAAUGGGUUUACUAAAAAGUAGAUGACUUACCUGCCUCCUCCUUUGUGUGAAAAAUGCCAACUAAUCAUGCAGCAUUAUAACAAGCCUUAUAAGUCCUAAAGCAUUAAGUUGCACUUUCAUGAGGAGGGGUAGAACAGUAUUCUCUGGCCAGUAUGAAUGAAGUUUAUACUUAACAUUUGAUAGAAACAUACGUCAAACUAUGGCACAGCAACUCAUCAGAUAGCUAGCGUUGACUCUGGGCACAAUUGAACCAAUUCCCAUCCUAAAUCUUCCUAAUGGUUGACUUUGGUGUGUAGUGCAGUAAACAAGUAGUGCUCCUACUUAAGCAUUUGUCAGCAUCCUUUUGUCUCUAACUGGUUUCUAUUUUUACAGCCACACAAUCUUGGCAUGUAUUAAGAAAAAAAAAAUCCCUGUUGAAGUAGUUUUUCCACCUAUCAGCACUGAGUAAAUGCCAUAAAUCCAUGGAAAUGGUCUAAACGCUUCACCUGUUGUCCUGUUUUACCAGUUACAUAGUGAUGAAACACAUUUGUAAAUUUUAUGCAACCAAUGGCAAACCUAUCAUUAUUUUGAAACUGUGUAUGUAAAAGUUAUAUUUUUACAUGUAGACUCUUGUUAUUAUGUGUUUUAAUACAUUGUAUCAGGUUUUUUUUUCUAAACUGUGUGUUUUUUUUAAAGUCAUUUAAAUGAAUAGUGAGUUACAAGAAUCUGAAAUAUAUGUUCAUUUCUGAAAAUGUAAGAACAAAUAAGAUAGUUACCACGUGGUCACCUUUUACAAACCCAUAAACAUUUUGAUUAGCUGUGUAUGUGUGUGUGUGUGUGUGUGUGUGUGUGUGUGUGUGUGUGUGUGUGUCUGUGUGUUGAAAACUGUAAAUAUGUUCAGUAGCGAUAAAACUAAAUGCUCUGAUUUGUUGAUAAGUUCCUAAAAUGUGGAGGUGGAUUGAAAACAUAGGAGAAUAGCAGAAAUCAAAUUUCAUGAAAAGUUCUUUGGGGGCUUUCCUGUGAAAUGUGCAAACAAAGGGGCUUAGAGAAGGGCAUGGAAGACAAUAAUGUACACUUCCCCUCCUCCCUAAAUGAUGGAAACCAUGUGUACUUGUUCUCUCACCAUGUUAAGGAUUUCCUUUUCGUGAUACAUUCUGCACUCAUUUUGUAUAGUCUACCAAGGCGGGUAUCCCUAGGAACAUUAUUAUUAUAUAGGAAGCAGGUAUACUCUGAUCACAUUCAGGAUAAGUGUAUAGAAGAGAAUAUGGUGUUUACUCUUUAGGGAACUGGAAAUACUCCCUGCAUUGAUGUACAUUUUCAGAAUGGCACUUUUGAUACAUGUUAUCGUAAAGGUGCUUACUAAAGUGGAAUUAAAGUUUUUCAAAUCUGUAAACAAAGGAAAUAAAAAUGAAACAUAGUCAUUUGAUUUUUUUUCCAAUUGGUGCUUUUAUAUUUUGUUCUCAGUCAAACAGAGGAAAAGCUGCAGUUUCUCGUUCACCACCUUUGAUGUAUUCAUUACUUGGUAAUGUAAUACAGCUAUUGUCAAAUUCCUUUUGGAAAUAAGCAAAAGACUCCCUAAAGGCCACCAGAAGCUGCUGGCUGCAUUCUGCUUGGUGGAGAAACAUGAUCUGACCCUCUCUGUAGUAAGAGGGUUGUAUCUCCAGUUUAAAAGAAAAAAAAAAGGAAGAAGAAGAAAGGGAAUGUGGCCUUUUUAAUGUGUUUGUUUUUUUCUUGUUGUUAUUUUGUAGUUAUCAAACCCAGGUAAGAUAUUGGUAUUCCUGCACUGGAUUUUUGAAAGAAACUUAGCAGAAGACAGGAUUAAAAUACUAUAUGAACAUUUCAUAAGGGUCCAUACUACACUAGAUAUAUAUGAUGAUGGUAAAGCAUAGAUUUAGGAAUCAGUUGAAGAGACUCAGACUUUGAAAGCAACUUGGAGCAGUUGAUCCACCUCCACAUUCGAGUAAUUUAUGAAUAUGCAGAAUUAGGGAUCUGUCCAUCUAGGUAGCUGUGAGGAACACUAAUGCUUCUACAACUGUCAGUUCACCUGGUCCUACAACCCAUUCUGACUCAGUCUUCCGAUUCCUUGUUCCCUUUUGUUUUUCUACUUUUUUUCCUAUCUCUUGAUUUUUAUUAUUAUUUUAUUAUUAUUAUUAUUAUUUGUGAUCUUUGUUUUGAUGAGGGGUUGGGAAGUGGGAGGGAGUAGAACUGAGACUUGGGGGGUAAGAGGAUUUUUUUUCAUCUUUGCAUCCAACAGGCAGAAUAUGAUCUGUGUCCAAAAUGGAACGUAAGUCAGGAAUGAAAUGAUUCAGCAUACACAAGCACAAAAAUGUAGUCUGCCAACUGACUGGAAGCAAAAAGGAAAUACAUUUUAAAUAAAUAAAUAAAUGAAAAGGUGAAGAUGGAAUGUGAUGAAUUCCAAGACAAUGGGGCACCAAGGCCUGUAGGCCUCCUCUUGAGUUUGCUUUGGUUAUGUUUGUUUUCUUUCGAGAUGUUCUUUAAGAUGGGACUUGAAAGUGACUCAUCUCUGUGCAGUGCUGGUUUUACCAUAUGCUCAUUUCAAGUAUUAUAGACAUAUGUAAUGGUGAAAUAUAUGAACUGUGGCCUUUUUCAUUCUUGUUACUUGUGAUGCAAUUAAGUGAAGAUAAGAAAAAAAAAAAAAGCAGAGAUUUACCAUGUAUCAGUGCCUGGCUUUUUGUUAUAAAGCUUUGUCUGUCUAGUGCUCUUUUUGCUAUAAAAUAGACUGUAGUACACCCUAGUAGGAAAAAAAACUAAAUUUAAAAAUAAAAAAUAUAUUUGGCUUAUUUUUCGCAGGAGCAAUCCUUUUAUACCAUGAAUAUUACAAAAAAAAUUGUCAGAUUCUGAAUAUUUCUUCUUUGUAGAUUUUUGGAAUCAUUAUGAGUAAAAGUUUGUUACUUUAUUUUACUAUUUAUAAGAUGUUAUUUUGCCAUGUGUUACCAAGAUGAAACUGUAUGGUAGCUUCUUUGGUUGGUUUUUGUUUUCGUUUUUAGUUGUAGGUUGCAGUGCAAACUUUUUUUGUUUUUGUUUUUGUUUUUGUUUUGCGACUGUACACAUAGCUGCAGCAUUAAAAACUUUAAAAAAAUUGUUAAAAAAAAGAAAAAAAAAGGGAAAACAUUUCAAAAAAAAGAUAAACAGUUACACCUUGUUUUCAAUGUGUGGCUGAGUGCCUCGAUUUUUCAUGUUUUUGGUGUGUUUCUGAUUUGUAGAAAUGUCCAAACAGGUUGUAUGCUGGACUUCCUUCAAGAGGCAAACAACCCAGCUUGGUCUAGACCAUUACCUGUUCCCAUCUGUAGUUAUUCGAUGAAGUCAUGUACAUGACCGUUCUGUAGCAAUAAAUGUGCCAUUUUUAUAAACUGUC